AUGGUAUGGCAUGAGGUGUGCACGGCUCUUGGUAGACAUGACUGGGUGCCCACCACGGUCGACACCUUGGUGACCUGGUGUCAGAGCAAGUUCAGCGCGGAUGGGCGGCCGCGAGACCACCGCACGAUCUUGGUGCUAGUCUGUUGGGAGUUAUGGAAGCAUAGGAAUGGUAUUGUGUUUGAUGGCGAGUCGCCCUCAUCCGCACGCAUCGGUACUAGAAUCUUGGAGGAGGGUAAGGCGUGGGCUGCAGCCGGUCUCCUUCAAGUCGGUGAAUUCCUUUUGUACAACUCUCAUUUCAGAUUCUUUGCAAGAAAACUUCUCUCUAAAUGGGAAGGACCAUAUAUUAUCAAGGAGGUUUACCGCUCUAGAGCUAUCAAGAUUAAUAAUGUUGAAGGUACUAACACGAGGGUGGUCAAUGGUCAAAGAAUUAAACACUAUAUCUCAGAUGAGGAGGAUGAAGAUGAACCUACUCCACCUCAUUUCCUGAAGGAUAACAAGGAAGCAUUAUGCAAGAGGAUAUUGAAGCUCGAGAUGGAGAACGAUGAGUUGAGGAUAGACAAUUUUACCCUUCGACAUAAGCUGGAAAAAGGGGAUAAAGCUACUAGCUCAUCACCACCUCCUCCUUCAUCACCAAAGGAGACUUGAGUUCAUGGUAUGGGCACUCCCCUUGGCUUUUGCCAAGCUUGGGGGAGGUGCCCCGGUGUCGUAUCACCACCACUAUCUUUGCCCUUAUUUAUCUUAGUUUGAUCCUUAGUUAUCUUUUGAAUUAGUUGAAUAAAAGUUUAGUUCAAAUCCUUUCUCUUCGAGUGUUUGCUUACUGAUCUAUCUAUGUAAUCGUGUGCGAGAUAUAUAAUAAAGAUUAGUUCAAGUUU